AUGUCACAUGUCUAUCCGAUUGAAAUUAUCGUGCAGAAAAGUAUACUGAUUAUCAAUUUCACUGCUGAUCAUCAUCGUAAAAAAAAUAUCUCAUGGAGUAGUAGAGAGGCGGAAAAAGGACUGAAAGAAAUGCAAACAAAAAGCGCCAAGUUAUCAGCGUUUCAACUGGAAUCAUUUGACGUAGAGGAAAUAAACAAAAAACGUAUAUAUGUGACACACACAGACAUACACGCACAGCCAUGUGUACUUCGUUCUGGCUGUCCACAAGAUAGUAGGCUGGGUUAUCGAUCAAUGGCAAAUGAAAUUUUGAAUAAUGUUACGCUCAAAACAUUUAGUAAUCGAGGAAUACAAUGUUUUCGUAAGUCGGAAGAAUAA